UGGAAGCUACUGCAGUGUGUUUCCACGCAGACGGAGUACAGUGGGAAAGGCUUUCUCUAGCUAAUGGAUGGCUGUUCUCUUUAUUUGGAGUAUCUUACUGGUUAUGUAAGCGACCUCGGGAGAAAUUAUCCUGACCUAGAUCGGAGUAUGCGGUAGUGCUUCAGCUGCAGGAUUUCUUAGUCGUUAACACCACAGUGCUGAUGACAAAGAGCGAGUUGUAAUCCUCAUCACUGCCAGGGCUGAGCCGGAGCAGACAGAAAAUCGUCAUUUGCUGGUCGGAAGACUUGUUAGGUUACAGCUCCUGCUUGGUUUUGUGGUCUUGGCUUUUCUUCCUAUACAAUGACGCUGCUGCAAGUGAGCUCUGAAGUGCUUGGUUUAAAAGCCAUUUGCCUGUGAUUUUUGAAGACUAAAGAAGUAUUCACGAUAGAUUAAAAAAUAUAUACUACUUAACUGCAAAAUGAAAUGUCAGCUAUACUUACUGACCUUUAAAGCCUUGGCUUGGAUUUCAGAAAUUUAAAGAUACUUGAAAAUUCUCAAGAACAAAACUUUCAAGCCACUGGUUGAGAAAAGUAAACCCAGAUCAAUCACUGCAGUAGAAUUCCUUAUAGAUAAACAACUGGAUUUUUUAACUGAGGAUAGUGCCUUUCAGCCCUACCAGGACGACAUAGACAGCCUAAACCCAGUUCUCAGGGACAACCCGCAACUUCAUGAGGAAGUGAAAGUCUGGGUAAAGGAACAAAAAGUUCAGGAGAUUUUUAUGCAAGGUCCUUAUUCUUUAAAUGGAUACAGAGUGAGAGUAUAUAGACAAGACUCUGCCACCCAGUGGUUUACUGGCAUAAUUACUCAUCAUGAUCUCUUCACUCGCACCAUGAUCGUUAUGAAUGAUCAGGUACUAGAGCCACAGAAUGUCGAUCCUUCUAUGGUUCAAAUGACCUUUCUAGAUGAUGUUGUUCAUUCCUUGUUAAAAGGUGAAAAUAUUGGCAUUACAUCACGACGCAGGUCUCGUGCCAAUCAAAAUAUCAACACUGUUCAUGGUCAUUAUACACGUGCUCAAGCAAAUAGUCCCAGACCAGCAAUGAACUCCCAAGCUGCUGUACCAAAACAGAAUACACACCAGCAACAAAGAAACAUCCGCCCAAGUAAGAGGAAGGGCUCAGAUAGCAGUGUACCAGAUGAAGAGAAGAUGAAAGAGGACAAAUGUGAUUAUAUAUCACGAGGAGAAACCCCUAAAAAUAAAAAGAUGAAUAAAAGAAGGAAGCCUGAAGAGGAGGAAAAGAAAUUAAAUAUGAAAAGAUUGCGGACUGACAAUGUUUCAGACUUUUCUGAGAGCAGCGACUCGGAAAGUUCAAAUAAGAAAACAAUUGAUAACUCUUCUGAGCAAAAGCCAGAGAAUGAGUUGAAAAAUAAAAAUGCUUCUAAGAUAAAUGGAGAAGAAGGGAAAUCCCAGAAAAAUGAGAAGGCAGUAGAGGAGACACUUGAUAUCCGGCCCCCCUGGGAUCAAAUGCAGGAAGACAAACAUGAUGGAGAGAAGCGGAAAUUUGUGGAUACUCAUCUUCAAGAAAAAAUGAGUGUGCGUUCAUCAGAGCAGGCCACACUUUGUGAUCAUAAUUCUAAUGAUUUGGGUCUUAAAGAAUGCAAUAUGGAAAAUACACAUACAGUGGAUUUAUUACCAAAGGAGAAAUUUGUAGCCAGACCACCCACACCAAAAUGUGUUAUUGAUAUUACAAAUGAUGCUAAUUCAGAAAGGGUGGCUCAGGAAAACACAAGUACCUUUGGCCUCCAGACACCUGACAACAUGGAUCCUUGUGCUAGUGAUUCAAAACAUGCAAUUUCAAAUGUAAAAUACUUAGAAACAGCCAAACAAGAUUCUGAGCAGAUCUGGGUUAGUGAUGUAGUCAAAGUGGAUUUAACCCAGUCAGGUGUUACAAAUGCUUCUUCAGGAAAUGAUCGCCUAGAUAUGGAAAAAGACAAAAAUAAGUAUGUUUCUUACAUGUCUUCUUUAAGUACAGCUGCUAUCACAGAAGAUAAACCACAUAAGCGAAGUCCACCCCCAGAGACCAUUAAAUCUAAACUAAAUACUUCAGUAGAUGGUCACAAGACAAGACCCAGUUCCUCACCUGAAGUUGUAAAAUCCAAAAUUCCACAUUCUCCUGAUUCUUUAAAGUCUAAAACCAUUUACACAAACAGUCAAGCUACUGGUGAAAGACGACUAGCAAACAAGAUAGAAAAUGAGUUAACAAGAUGCAGUUUUCAUCCAGUUCCUCCUCGAGGCAAUGCCUUGGAAUCUACCAAGAGCCCUCUGAUCAUUGAUAAAAAUGAACAUUUCACAGUUUAUAGAGAUCCUGCUCUUAUUGGGUCAGAAACAGGAGCUAAUCACAUUUCACCUUUUUUAAGCCAGCAUCCUUUUUCUCUUCAUUCCUCAUCUCAUAGAACCUGUUUAAAUCCUGGUACGCAUCAUCCUGCCUUAACUCCUGCACCCCACUUACUAGCAGGAUCAUCUAGUCAAACUCCAAUACCUACCAUUAACACUCACCCUCUGACUAGUGGUCCACACCAUUCUAUUCAUCACCCUCAUUUACUUCCCACUGUGUUACCUGGAGUGCCUGCUGCCUCCUUACUUGGUGGCCACCCUCGCCUAGAAAGUGCUCAUGCCAGCAGCUUGAGUCACUUAGCGCUAGCACACCAGCAACAACAACAGUUGUUACAGCACCAGUCACCUCAUCUUCUUGGACAAGCCCAUCCUUCUGCUACUUAUAAUCAGCUUGGACUUUAUCCAAUUAUUUGGCAGUAUCCAAAUGGAACACAUGCAUACUCAGGACUUGGUCUGCCUUCUUCUAAGUGGGUUCACCCAGAAAAUGCAGUUAAUGCAGAAGCUUCAUUAAGGAGGAAUUCUCCCAGUCCUUGGUUACAUCAACCCACUCCUGUGACUUCAGCAGAUGGUAUCGGCUUACUUAGUCACAUUCCUGUAAGACCUUCCAGUGCAGAGCCUCAUCGACCUCUUAAAAUUACAGUGCAUUCCAGUCCACCAUUGACAAAAACUCUAAUAGAUCACCAUAAAGAAGAACUGGAGAGGAAAGCAUUUAUGGAACCAUUACGGUCUGUUGCAUCUACAUCUGCAAAAAGUGACCUGGAUCUUAAUAGGUCACAAACUGGAAAAGAUUGUCAUUUGCAUAGACAUUUUGUGGAUCCAGUAUUAAAUCAGUUACAGAGGCCAUCCCAUGAAACAGGAGAGAGAUUAAACAAAUACAAAGAAGAGCAUCGUCGAAUUCUUCAAGAAAGUAUUGAUGUUGCUCCCUUUACAACCAAAAUCAAGGGGCUUGAGACAGAGAGAGAUUAUUCCAGAAUACCAUCAUCAUCUUCUAGUCCUAAAAGCCAUGCCAUCAAACAAGAUAAAGAUGUAGAUCGCUCAGUAUCAGAGCUUUAUAAAAUGAAGCACUCUGUGCCUCAGAGUUUGCCCCAAAGUAACUAUUUCACUACAUUGUCCAACAGUGUGGUGAAUGAACCACCAAGAUCAUACCCAUCCAAAGACGUUUCAAAUCUUUACACUGAAAAGCAGAGUAAUACCCUUGCUGUAGCAGCUAAUCCUCAAACUCUGACUUCAUUUAUAUCAUCUCUUUCAAAGCCUCCACCUUUGAUUAAACACCAGCCAGAAAAUGAGAGCUUAGUAGGCAAGAUAACAGACCAUGUGCCCCAUCAGAUUACAUCUCACUCAGUAACAGCUUUUAGAAAUGAUUGUAGGAGUCCUACCCACCUGACAGUUUCUUCUACAAAUACACUCCGCAGUAUGCCUGCUUUACAUAGAGCACCAGUGUUUCACCCACCAAUUCAUCAUAGUUUGGAAAGAAAAGAAAGCAGCUACAGUAGUCUUUCUCCUCCAACUUUAACUCCAGUGAUGCCAGUUCAUGCUGGUGGGAAAGUUCAAGAAUCACAGAAGCCUCCAACUCUAAUUCCUGAGCCAAAAGACUCUCAGGCAAAUUUUAAGAGUUCUGAACAGACUUUUGCAGAAAUGUGGAGAUCUAAUAAUAAUCUCAAAGAGAAAGUUGAAUGGCAUGUGGAGAAAGGCACUGGAAAGACACAGGCUGCUGUAGCAUCUGUCAUUGUACGUCCACCUUCUAGUUCGAAAAUUGAUAGUACACCAUUCCUUCCAUUAGCUUCCAAAGAUCGGGUUAGUGAAAAAUCAUCAAUAAGGGCAAAUAAAGUAGAUUGUGUCAAACCAGCAGAAACUGGAGAGACUGGAAGAAUAAUUCUACCAAAUGUGAAUUUGGACAAUGUUCGAGCAAACUCAGAAAAACACUUGGAAGCUGUCUCCCAGGGCAGUAUUCCCAUUUCAGUCAUGUCUGCUCUAAAUACAGUAUGUAAUACCAAAACAGAUACAUUCACAUCUCCUGCCACUACCACCAGUGCUUCCAGCCAGGGUGGUUCAGAACUCACUUCCUCCAUAUCAAAUACCAUUUUGGCCUCAACAUCUUUAGAAUGUACUUCUUCAAAAAGUCAGCCAGUGGGUCAAACACAAGAAUGCAGAGUCAGCAGCACCACAGUUCCAGUCACGCUAGACAGUAAUAAAAUAGGAAGUGCUGUCCAGCCCAACUCUGGCUUCUCAGGCACAACUGAUUUUAUCCAUUUAAAAAAGCACAAAGCAGCAUUGGCUGCAGCUCAGUAUAAAAAUAGUAAUGUCAGUGAGACUGAACUUAAUCCUGUGAAAAAUCAGACAGCUUCAGCCACUCUUCCCUUGGAUAGUACUGUAAUCUGUAGUACAAAUAACAAAGCAAACUCUGUAGGAAAUGGGCAGUUGUCCCAGACAAGUCAACCAAACUAUCAUACUAAACUGAAAAAGGCUUGGCUUACUAGGCAUUCAGAAGAAGACAGAAAUACUAAUAAAAUAGAAAGUUCAGGGAAUUCUGUAUCAGAAAUUAUUAAGCCAUGUUCUGUCAAUUUAAUAGCCUCUACAUCUAAUGAUAUUCAAAAUAGUGUAGAUAGUAAAAUCAUAGUUGAUAAAUAUGUAAGGGAUGAUAAAGCCAAUAGGAGAAAAGCUAAAAGGACUUAUGAAUCUGGCUCUGAAAGUGGAGACACAGAUGAAAGUGAAAGCAAGUCAGAACAAAGGACUAAAAGGCAACCUAAGCCCACUUACAAAAAGAAGCAAAAUGAUUUGCAGAAGAGGAAAGGUGAAGUAGAGGAAGAUUUGAAACCCAAUGGAAUUCUCAGCAGGAGUGCCAAAGAAAAAAGUAAAUUGAAGUUACAGAACAAUAGUAGUAGUGCUGGCAUUCCUCGUUCAGUAUUAAAAGAUUGGCGAAAGGUCAAGAAGCUGAAACAAACUGGAGAAUCGUUUUUACAGGAUGACUCCUGUUGUGAGAUAGGGCCUAACUUGCAAAAGUGCCGAGAAUGUAGACUCAUUCGAACUAAAAAAGGAGAAGAACCAACUCACUCACCAGUAUUUUGUAGAUUUUACUACUUUAGACGAUUGUCAUUUAGUAAAAAUGGAGUGGUUAGAAUAGAUGGCUUCUCUUCUCCUGACCAGUAUGAUGAUGAAGCUAUGAGUUUAUGGACACACGAAAAUUAUGAAGAUGAUGAAUUGGACAUAGAAACUUCUAAAUAUAUCUUGAAUAUAAUAGGUGAUAAGUUCUGUCAAUUAGUAACAUCUGAGAAAACAGCUUUGUCCUGGGUGAAAAAGGAUGCCAAAAUUGCCUGGAAAAGAGCAGUAAGAGGAGUCCGAGAGAUGUGUGAUGCAUGUGAAGCUACAUUGUUUAACAUUCAUUGGGUCUGCCAAAAAUGUGGAUUUGUAGUUUGUUUGGAUUGUUACAAAGCAAAGGAGAGGAAGAGUUCUAGAGAUAAAGAACUGUAUGCUUGGAUGAAGUGUGUCAAAGGACAACCUCAUGACCAUAAACAUUUAAUGCCAACUCAGAUUAUACCUGGUUCUGUGCUGACAGAUCUUCUAGAUGCCAUGCACAUUCUUAGGGAAAAAUAUGGUAUUAAAUCAAAUUGCCAUUGUACUAACAAACAGAAUUUACAAGUUGGAAAUUUUUCUACAAUGAAUGGUGUAACGCAAGUUUUACAGAAUGUUCUUAAUCACAGUAAUAAAGUUUCUCUGUGCAUGCCUGAGUCUCCGCAGCAGAGUACUCCUCAGAAGUCUGAGAGUAAUGGCAAUGACAGUCCAGGCAGUGACGCAAGCACAGAAAGCAAGCUAACUCCACCAGAAUCCCAGUCACCACUGCACUGGUUAGCAGAUCUUGCAGAACAGAAAUCCAGACAGGAAAAAAAAGAAAACAAAGAAUUUGCCCUUGAAAAGGAAAUUAAAGAAGAAAAAGAUGAUGAUGAUUCUGAUUCUCCAAAUGGCAGAACAUCACCUUCUGUGUCCCAGAAUAAUGAACAGGGCUCAACCUUAAGAGAUCUGCUGACCACAACAGCAGGGAAACUCCGCGUGGGCUCUACAGAUGCUGGCAUUGCAUUUGCACCAGUGUAUUCAAUGGGAACCGCAGGUAGCAAAAGUGGACGGACUAUGCCUAAUAUUCUUGAUGAUAUAAUUGCUUCAGUUGUUGAAAACAAAAUUCCACCAAAUAAAACCUCCAAGAUAAAUGUAAAAUCAGAAUUUAAUGAAGACCCUAAAGAGAGCCAAAAACAUGCCAUGAGUGAAAAUGAUAAAUUAUACAGUGAUAUCCCACAUUCUUGGAUCUGUGAGAAGCAUAUAUUAUGGCUUAAGGAUUAUAAGAAUAGUAAUAAUUGGAAGCUUUUCAAAGAAUGUUGGAAACAAGGACAGCCUGCAGUGGUUUCUGGAGUGCAUAAGAAAAUGAACAUUAGCUUGUGGAAGGCUGAAUCAAUUAGUCUUGAUUUUGGAGACCACCAAGCUGAUUUACUAAACUGCAAAGACAGCAUUAUUUCUAACACCAAUGUUAAGGAAUUCUGGGAUGGUUUUGAAGAAGUUUCAAAACGACAGAGAAACAAAAGUGGAGAAACAGUGGUUUUGAAAUUAAAAGACUGCCCUUCAGGAGAAGACUUCAAGACUAUGAUGCCUGCAAGAUAUGAAGAUCUUUUAAAAAGUCUACCAUUGCCAGAAUAUUGUAAUCCAGAAGGAAAAUUCAACUUGGCCUCUCAUUUGCCAGGAUUCUUUGUACGUCCUGAUCUAGGACCCAGGUUGUGUAGUGCCUAUGGUGUAGCUGCGGCUAAAGAUCAUGAUAUAGGAACAACAAAUCUUCAUAUUGAAGUUUCUGAUGUUGUAAAUAUUCUAGUCUAUGUUGGCAUAGCAAAAGGAAAUGGGAUUAUUUCAAAAGCAGGAAUAUUAAAGAAGUUUGAGGAAGAAGACCUGGAUGACAUUUUAAGAAAAAGAUUAAAGGACUCAACUGAAAUACCUGGUGCUCUAUGGCAUAUCUAUGCUGGAAAAGAUGUUGAUAAGAUAAGAGAAUUUCUUCAAAAGAUUUCAAAAGAACAAGGCCUUGAAGUUCUACCAGAACAUGAUCCAAUACGUGACCAAAGCUGGUAUGUGAAUAAAAAGCUUCGCCAAAGACUGCUUGAAGAAUAUGGAGUCAGAACUUGUACUCUUAUCCAGUUUCUUGGUGAUGCCAUUGUUUUACCAGCUGGAGCACUUCAUCAGGUACAGAAUUUUCACAGCUGUAUUCAGGUAACUGAAGAUUUUGUGUCUCCAGAGCAUCUCGUACAGUCGUUUCAUUUAACACAGGAACUGAGACUUUUAAAGGAAGAAAUUAAUUAUGAUGAUAAACUACAGGUUAAAAAUAUCUUAUAUCAUGCAGUCAAAGAAAUGGUAAGAACUUUGAAGAUACAUGAAGAGGAAGUAGAGGAUAUGGAAGAAAAUUAAAUGUGGCCCAGGUUGAUGUUUGUAGGCCACAGACUGGGAUUACUUCCUGAAUGGUGAUAGGCACACUAACUUCAGUUUCAUAAAACCAUCAGUGCCAAGAAAUGCUCUUUGUAGUAAUACUUGUUACUGACACCACAGCAGUAUAGCAUAUGUCACAGCUCCUGUGAGUCAAUGUUAGUUGUAAACCAAGCUGAAUUGAAAAACAGCAUUACAUAGUAGUUUCUGUAUCAUAGUGUAUAUGAUGUUUGUGAAAAUGCCAGAUUUAAAAUGAUGUAUUUAUUUUUGGUAAAGAAAAUUCUACGCUAUAUUGUUGAUGAAGUGUAAAUGUACCCUUGUACAGUUUAAUAAAAUAACUAAUAUUUUUCACUACAUUGAGACAGUUACUGUGAGAAUAGGACACCAACACCAGCUAUUGCCUGCGUUUGGGAAAUUGCUGACUCGCACAGCAGUCAUGUCAUAAUCAGAAAUUACUGCCAAAUAAUUGUAAAAUUUGUAAAAUAUAAAGUAUAUAAAGUAGAUACUAAAUACAGACACUUCAAUAUUUUAUUGAAGCUAUUGACUGUAAAAUUAAACAUUUUCAAAAGGUGUAAUUUAUUUAAAAUUGUCUCAUUUUGGUAAAAUUUAUGUGAAGUUUUAAAGCUAAAUAGUAAACUUAAUAUGCUUUGUAAAUAUAUACAUAUAUACAUUUAAUGAUGUAUUUUUUUAAAACAUUGGCUUGCUUUUGUUAAAGUGCAAGUGUUACAUAUGGCUUUGUAUAUUAAAGUUGAAAGGGGUUUUACAUUUUCCAUUAAAAAGACUUUAUCAGAA